CUCUGCCACUGCCGUUUCCUCACUCCCUUCGUGUACAGGUUCACACUGCACAUCCGUGUCAAACUGCCGACUGGGUUUAGAUCGGUAUCCGGGGCUAUCACUCUAAUUCCGCCUAUCGCUUGGCGAUCUAAUCAGAUUAUAAAAAGUUGGAGCGACGAUGACGCCGUCGGAUUCCACUUACAAGCCCUUCGCGGCCUACAAGAUGUCGUCUACCAUAAAGAACCUAUACUACAAGCUCUCUCCAACGUCGUCGUCUUUCUCUGUGCCUACGGCUAAGAAACCCGGUACAUUCACCAAAGCACCAACCACCGAUGCGCUGUUCCCCACCACAGACCCCGCCAUAGAUGGAGACGACUGCCUACACGACUGCGCGUCGUGCUCGGUCAAAUAUCCCAGUAAAUUCACCAUUGACGAGAACGAGAAGCUGUACGGUCAUGUCAAGGGCUGGAGCACUCACCUCAUUGUCGCCACUGGGAAGUCGGAUUGGGUGCGCGAUGUUGCCGACGAGAAGGGCAGCAUUAUGGAGGCCGUGGAUACUAGCAAGGUGAAGCCGAGUAAUGGCCGCCUAAUGCUCUCAGCCUCCAACAUUCCCAUCCCCGACUACUCAGACCACAGCACCACCGUCCUCCUCCUCCCUUCAUUCCAAUUCAUCGACCACGUCACCCCUGCGAACACCCCCCAACUCAUCUCGGACUUCAUAAAUACUGGCCCGACAAAUACCUCGCCUCUUCCCCAAACCUCUGCUGAGUCUGCUGAGUCUUCGCUUCCACCCUCUUUGCCUACCUCAGAAUCCUCGUCUGCGGACCCCGCCCCCACAACGACAACCACCAUUGUGCCAACAAUAUCCUCCAUAUCGCCUCUCAGAGCUCGGCCAUGUCCUCACAAAUACCUCAUCCUCCUCUGUAGCCAGAAGACGCGCGACGCCCGCUGUGGUCAAUCAGCGCCUCUCCUCCGCCGCGAGUUUGAACGCGUCCUGCGACCACUCGGCCUAUAUCGUGACCUACAUGAUGAGCGGCCUGGUGGUGUUGGAAUAUACUUCAUAAGCCACGUCGGUGGCCACAAAUUUUCCGCAAAUCUUAUGAUAUAUCGUAAAGCUUCCGCAGUGACGAAGUCAAAAGAGGCAAACGGCCAAGUAGACGGCAUUCAACAGACCUUGGACAAACUAAAGGUGGAGGAUGACAAAGGCGACCAGGUUGUCCUCGAUGUGAAUAAAGUGCAGGAGGAGGAAGGAAACGGAGAGGCGGCGCAGUGUAUCUGGCUUGCAAGAGUGCGGCCUGAAGAUUGUGAAAACAUCAUUCGGUAUACAGUGCUGCAAGGCAAGGUUCUAAAGCCAGAAAGGCAGCUCAGGGGUGGAUUUGACCGAUGUAAGCAAUUGGUGAGCUGGUGAUAAGCUCAUCCUGACGGAUCCUUUCGGCUGCGUUCAUAAGCGUUCAUAAGUUGGUUUAAACAGUUUGCGGGAUUGGAUACGCCUUAGCAACACUACGAUGCAUCUAAGUUGUUGCAUGACUUCCAUGUCCGUUUCCACUUGCUUUUUUUUUCGUUUGAUAGUCCGCUUCUUUCCUCACCAAGUCUUCGGGUGUCUUAGCAGCUUCCAGAUAGAGUACUUAGCCUUCUAGAGCACUUCCCAUUAUCCUCCCGCAUGACACAAAUCACUCAAAAAUUCUUCCCGAC